AUGGGCUUUCUAGUUAAUGAAGCUCAGAAUGCUUUUGUCAAGGGAAGACAGAUAUCAAGUAACAUUCUAUUAGCACAUGAACUUGCAAAGAAUUACAAUAGGAAACACAUAUCUCCAAGAGCCAUGCUUAAUAUUGAUAUCAAAAAGGCUUUUGAUACCAUUAACUGGGGAUUCCUCAAAGAGAUGCUUAUUGGUCUGGGAUUUCCUGAUGCAUAUGUAGGAUGGAUUAUGGCUUGCAUUACAUAUCCUAAGUAUUCUAUAGCUUUUAAUGGUGCAUUGCAUGGUGACCUAUAUUCAGUGAACAAGCUCUAUCAAUGUUUCAGUGACUUUUGUGCAGUCUCAGGUCUCAAAGCAAACUCAAACAAAUGCUCAAUCUUUUAUGGAGGGGUUGCAGAUUCAGUAAAAGCUUCCAACUUCAAUUGUUUGGGUUUUUCAGAGGGGACAAUGCCUAUUAGAUACCUUGGUGUUCCUCUCGUAUGCAAAAGGCUCUCUUAUACAGAUUGUGCACCUCUAUUAAAAAAAAUUACUGAUCUAUUUCAGUCUUGCAAAAAUCAUAAGAAAUUAUCAUAUGCAGGGAGGUUGCAGGUUAUAAAGAGAUCUAUCUUAGGAAUUCAAGUCUUCUGGACCUCAAAUUACAUCUUGCCUGCAAGAGUUCUCAAAAAAAUAGAUGAAUUGUGCAGGAAUUUUCUGUGGGGGAAAUAUGAUCAAUCUGUUAAAGCAGUCCUUAUGGUCUCUUGGGAGAAAGUUUUCUUGGACAGAAAAAAAGGAGGAUUGGGGAUCUUCUCUGCCUCUAUAUGGAAUCUAGCCUCUGCAGUAAAGCUUCUUUGGCAUUUGCAUAUUAACAAGGAAUGCUUGUGGAUUAAAUGGGUGAAUGGGACAUAUCUAAAAAACUACAAUGUAUGGCAAGUUCAAGCAAAGAGGGGAGACUCAUGGAUGUGGAAACAAAUUUUGAAAGCUAGGGAUAAAGCUGUGGAACUUAGUGGAAAUGUUGACAACCUAAAACAGAUGAUCAAAUCCACUUCCAGCAGCUCAAAAAUCAAAAUUGCUGAAAUACAUAGAGCUCUCUCCCCUGCAUCAAAUUCAGUCCUAUGGCAUAACAUGGUCUGGGGAGGUUUAUCCUAUCCAAAGCACUCAUUUAUCUGUUGGUUAGCUGUUAAUAACAGAUUACAAACUCAAGACAGGUUAUUAAGGAAAGGGAAAGUGAAUGCAAAUCAAUGUAAGUUGUGCACUGGUGUAUGCUUAGAGAGCCGAGAUCAUCUAUUUUUUGAGUGUUCCUUCUCCAAGGAGGUAUGGAAUCAAAUCAUGGAUUGGCUUCAUUUCAAAUGGAGAUCAUGUUCUUGGAAUUCCAUCUUUAAUUGGUAUUGUACAAAAUUAAGAAAGAAAGGCAUAAAGCAGAAUAUCAAGAGAUCAGCUUUAUCAGCAACUAUAUAUCAUCUAUGGUAUGAGCGGAAUAUGAGAACUUUUCAGCAGGUUUCCAAGUCUGAAGAGAGCCUGGUUAAGAGAAUCAAAGUUGACAUUCUAACUAUAUGCCUAAAUUCUCCUAACAUUGCUGGGAAUUUAACUGAUUGGAUCAGUUCUUAG